ACUCGUCGAGGAUAUGGUUGUGCUCAGUGUUUGAAGUUGUUAUAAAAUUAAAAUAAAAUUAUUGUGUUUCAAAAAAUAUGGAAUUGAAUUCAAAUUUUGGGAAUCAUACAAAUGUGGAAAGUCCUGAUCUUGCCACAAAACACUCAUCUCAUUCGCCAACAGACAGUGAGCCCAAAUAUGUAUUACAUUCAGAGAAGGACACGUAUGACUUCACUGCACAAAGAUGUGUUGAGAAACCUACAAAAUUGUUUCAGUUAUUAGUUAGUUCAGCGCAGACGUUAUACCAAAGGCUACAUCUCCCACACAUGUCGUAUCCUGAUGUCGCAGAGGCAGCAUUAGAAGUAGGACCCUUCGUAAGGCUAAGGAAAUACAGUAAAUGGUUCAGAUAUACAGUGGACUUUGUGAUUUGUUUAGACCUAUUUGGAGCUUGCUGCGUCUACCAGAUCAUUAUAGCGAAGACUAUACAGCAGGUUGUGCAUACAGAUACGGAAUUAGAAGAUCUGUCUUAUUUAAGGCUUUAUGUCCUAAGUCUUCUGGUUCCAAUUCUAUUGCUGUGCAUGAUCAGAACGUUAAAGUAUUUAGCACCGUUCACUUUAAUCGCUGAUGUAUUUAUUGUGACGUGUGUUGUAGCAACAAUAGUCUACAGCCAGCAGACAGCCCCAAAAAUCUCAGAAGUACCAGCGUGGAAGGAUGUCAUUGGAUUUUUCGAGUUCUGUGGCAUUGUAACGUUUAGUAUGGAAGGAGUCGGUGUUUCCUUACCAAUUGAAAAUAACAUGAAGAAUCCGAAACAAUUUCCUAUGGUUCUAUGUGCUGGUAUGACCGUGGUAGUCUCAUUCUUGAUACUUGUUGGAUUUUUCGGCUACUGGGGUUUUGGGGAGAAGUCAAUAUCACCAGUUACAUUAAAUUUCCCGUCAGAAGUUUUCCCAACAAUACUGAAAGUAUUAAUGGCCAUUAUGAUAUUUGUGACAUUUGCUCUCAAUUUUUGGGCUCCAUUUAACUUGGUAUGGCAUUACGUGUCGAAGAAACAUAAUCCGAAAAGAUAUUGGAUAUGGGAGCGAAUUUACAGGGCUACCUUUAUAGUGAUUAUCACCGCAUUAGCUAUUGCCUUCCCGAACAUAGGAAACCUUAUGGGAUUGCUUGGAGCAUUCUGCUUAUCUAACAUAGGGUUUAUAUUCCCAGCCAUAAUAGAGUUGUUAGUCGUUUGGGAGACACCUGGUUUGGGAAAAUACAAUUGGCGCCUAUGGAAAAACGUUUUUGUAAUAUUAAUUGGAAUUUUUCUAUUCGUAGCUGGAACUUAUUCUAACGCAAAAGGAUUAAUUUUAAAUUUGUAAAUUAUAAAUAUUUUAUUCAAA